CCUCCAGCCACAAUCCUGAUUCGUAUUUUGACAUCACCUUCAAGCACCCCAAUGUCUAAGGUCUUUUUCGACAUUGCCAUUGAUGCGGAGCCCACCGGCCGCAUUGUGUUCAAGCUGUUCGACGACGUCGUCCCAAAGACCGCGAGGAACUUCCGUGAACUUGCGACGGGCCAGCAUGGGUUUGGAUAUGCCGGAAGCACAUUCCAUCGGAUAAUCCCGAACUUCAUGUUACAAGCCGGAGACUUCACACGGCACAACGGUACCGGCGGAAAGUCAAUCUACGGAGAGAAAUUCCGCGAUGAGAAUUUCCUAAUGCGACACAACAAGCCGGGUGUGCUGUCGAUGGCCAACGCUGGACCUCACACAAAUGGCUCUCAGUUCUUCAUCACCACUACUGUGACGUCGUGGUUGGACGGCAAGCACGUCGUGUUCGGCGAGGUCGCUGAGGGUAUGGAUGUCGUGAAGAAGAUAGAAGCCGCCGGCACGGAGUCCGGCUAUCCAAAGCAAAAGGUGACGAUCACCUCAUCUGGUGUUGUCCCAGACGAUGCAUAGGUCAUUAGUGGGGUCACGGAUCAACACGGUUUACUAUCAUUUGUACUGCAGACAGCUGCUACAUGCUUCACCGAAUAACCCGCUUCGAUAACUCCUUCACAUCAGUUAUCCUCGCUGCCUGCAAUUGUUAUAUUUCGCAAAGCGAUUCUUGAUGAGAACGUUGCUGUAGAAUCAACGCUAGGCCUCGUUUGGCAUUCUGGACUCGCAGGUGAUACGGCAAACGAAGGUACUUCUUGGGAUGAAGGCAUCAGUGUCUCAUAAAGCCCG